CGCGCCGGCCGCGGCCCGGGACCUGCCCAGACGCGCUAGUCGGGAUCGGCGAGCGCAGCGUCCCCAUUUUCCAGGCGUGCGGGGCCGGGGCGCAGUCCCGGGCCGCGGCCGUCGUGCGCCGGCCGGCAUUUCCCCUCCAGCUCGCCCCGCGCGGCCGCCCGGCCUCCGGGCCCGCGCCGCCAGCCGCCGACCCAGAUCCGCCGCGCCCCCCUCCACGCCCCCCGCGAGCCCGGCCGGCCGCGCGCUCAUGCCCUGAGCUCGCCGCCCGCGGGCUCUGCGCCCCCGGCCGGGGGGCUGCCCUGGCAAGUUGGGGCGAGGCGCGCCGGGUAUGCGCCAUCACCAUGUCCCGCCUGAGCUCGUGGCUCGGGGAGGUCCAGUGGCUGGUCUUGGUGUCGCUCUUCGUCGUGGCCCUGGGCACGGUGGGCCUGUACCUGGCACAGUGGGCGCUGGCCAGGGCGCGACCCCGGCCCCCGCGGCGGGCUGCCGAGCCUGGAGAGGGCCCGCGCCCCGAGUCCGACGCGCUGCUCGCCUGGAUCCUGACGCUGAACAGCUGGAGGAGCCAGUGGCAGGCCGCCUGGGUGACCGCCCUGAAUGAUGAGGCCAAACGGAAAGUGGGCCCGCUGCUCCUGUCCUUCGAGGAGGACCCGCUCCAGCAGCCUCUGGAGCUCACAGUGCAGGGCGUCUCCAGUCUGGCCAGGUCCACCCAGGAGAAGGUCGUGUCUUGUCACGUGGCGGGCGAGGCCAUUCAGUUCCUGGUCCGUGCGGGAUCCCCGUCCCCCGAAGACACGGGGCACCAGCUGUACUGUGCACGGCUCUCCCCGUUUCAUCUGCAGCUGGAGCUCCACAUGAAAGAGAAGAGGGAGGACAUCCAGAUCCAGUGGUCCUACGUCAGCACUCCAGAGACGGCCGUUACGGUGCAGCCCAGAGCAGUGGUGGAGGAUCAGGGGACAGAGACCAAGGCCGUGUCUGAAACUCUCAAGGACAUCUUGAAGCACCUGGUUGGGGCUGCGUCUCCGUCGGUGGUUCUGAGCACCAAGCCCGUGGACUCGAGGGACGUUCAGAAUCUACAGCGCAUUUCAUCCUCUCCUCAGGAGUCCUGCCCGCCCAAGCCUCCCAGGGCUCACGAGCUCAGGUUGCUGGUGAAGAACAUCCGGGCUUCGCUGCUAAGUGCUCCUGGGGCUUCAGGCAACGUGAACCCACAGUGUGUAGUUCGGCUGAACGAGCCCGUUCAGAAGUUCAGCGCCCUCGCGACAAACCACGCCGACCUCAGCUGGGAAGAAGAAUUCAUCUUUGAGUUGAGCGCCAAGUCGAAGGAGUUGCACCUGCAGGUGUCGGGGGGUGAGCGAGCCUCGGCCUCGGAAGCCGUAUUGGCGACGACAACCAUUCCUUUGGAUUUAUUCAAGAAGCAGCCGUCUGGGCCCCAGAGCUUCACGUUGACCGGCGGCUCCUGCAGCAGCUCAGUGCUGGGUUCGGUCACCGCGGAGUUUUCUUACCUAGAACCCGGUGAAGUGAAACCCAAGACCCCGCCACCUACUCCUGCCACAAAGGUCGAAAAAGACCGCACGGUGAUGCCCUGUGGGACCGUGGUCACCACCGUCACCGCCGUGAAAACCAAGCCUCGCUUUGACACGGGGAGAGCGUCCCCCCUGAGCUGCGAGUCUCCCCUGAAGACGCCUGUCAAGGUGAAGGUCAUUGAGAAGGACAUCUCUGUUCAAGCCAUCUCCUGCCAUGGGGCUCCUGUCAGUAAGACCUUCUCUUCUUCGGACACAGAGCUGCUGGUGCUGAACGGCUCGGACCCCGUGGCUGAAGUGGCCAUCCGCCAGCUCAGCGAGUCCUCGAAGCUGAAGGUCAAGUCCCCGCGGAAGAAGAGCACCAUCAUCAUAUCAGGGAUCUCCAAGACCUCACUCUCUCAGGACAAUGCCGCUGCCCUAAUGCUGGACUACUCGGCCUCCAUGGACAGCGCCCACCAGGAGGACACCCCGACCCUCGUGGGGGCGGCCGCUGCCUCUGCCCCACUGCAGGAAGAGGCCUCCGCCCCACUGCAGGAAGAGGCCUCUGCCCCAGCCCCGCCGGCCCCGGAGCCCCAGGAAGGCGAGCUAGACUCCUGGGACUUGGACAAGGAGUCCCAGGCCUCGGCGUGGGGCAGCCAGGCCCCGCUGGACCUCGACGGGGACGAGCUGUCAGAGAGCUCCCUGAGUGUCUCAGAGCCGGGCACUGCCAAGAAGCAUAAAGGAGGGAUUUUAAGGAAAGGCGCAAAGCUGUUCUUCCGCCGGCGACAGCAACAGAAAGACCCCGGCAUGAGCCAGUCGCACAAUGACCUCGUGUUCCUGCAGCAGCCGGAGGGGGCCCGGAGGAAGGGGGCGACACUCUCCAGGAUCCUGAACAAGAAGCUGCUCUCCAGACACAGAAGCAAGAGUGCCAUGAACGGGGCUCCGGCGGACCCCGCGGCCGGCCCCCUGCCUCACCAGGAUGCAGGGAGACGCGGGCCCCCCUAACCACCCGCCAGGAUGGAGCAAGAGGGCCUGCACACUGUCAGAUGGCCGCCUGGUCUGGCUGGGGUAAAGGGGAACGGAACCCCGAGUUCCUGGCCAGGAGGCUUCCCCCAGAGACACCUGACAAAGUUCCAUUUGCCACCAGAUGCCCAGGGAGACCCAAAGCUCUGCUCCCACCCAAGAGCAGAAGUUAAACGCGAGAAGAUUUCUGUUAGGAACUAAAGAACGUCCUGUGAUGGACGGAGAUGGGGCAGGUGUGGGGGACUCGGUCUUAACCCCACUGCUG